AUGUCCAAAGGCAGCGAGACUCCACGCAUCAACUCAUCCAUGCUUCACAAAAAUGUUGGUCGCACCGUUCGUCUUGUUGGGAGAAUCUCUUUGUUGAAUGCACAGCAAGCCAUCCUAGAAGCAUCUGACAAGGGCCAAGUCAAUAUCCUUCUUGUACAGGGAUCAACUGUUCGACAGGGUGUUGUUGAAAUUCUCGGACGAGUCGAAGCAGACAUGAGUGUCACAGAGAUCUCAUCAUGCAUGUUUGACGAAAAUUAUGGCAAGUUUACUGAUUCCAGCUGCUGUCUUGCUUGGAUGGUUAAAGAUAUAUUCUUGUCGAGACUCAACUCUGCCAUAAUGUUGAAAUAA